AUGGUGAAGAAGAAACAGGAGGACAACAUUCUCCCUAACUCGGAAACACAAACGAUAAUAUCCCAAGAAGGCAUGGAAUACUCAUACCAGGACCGCCCCCCAACCAUGAGGACAAGGACCUCCCAGAAGACUUCUUCCACCAGUCUCCCUCCCUCGAUUCUGUCCCCCGAGCCCCUGGGAUUGCUGACCAUGCUAGGGACUCUCUUGAUGCCCCUUAGAUGGCUCACCAAUCCAGCCCCUGAACUCUUAACAGCCAGCCUCACAGCUCCCGUCCUUCCACCCGAAACAGCUCAAAGGUGGGGGGACCCCCUCCAAACAACGAAGAACAAUGACGAUGAGUAUGAGAAGAAACCGUCUACUGCAAUCAACGAAGGCAACUGGUACAGGCUAUGUCCCGAGAUCGCCAGUGUCCUCACACCCACACAAGGAAACCGCUCACCAACCCCCCCCUUCAGAGAACCCAGCACCCUGAGCAGUGGAUUCUUGGAGCACUGGGCAGACAGCAUCCAAACCAGACGAUAUCUGAGGAUUACAACCCCCGAGUAUCCCCCUUCCUCCUAUACCUCCAGUGCCGAUUCUGCAUUUGGGAGUGACGAGGAUUCUUUGGAAGUUGAGUGGUCGGACAGCUUAUUCAUGAUGACUACAGAAACAAUGUCUGCCUCUAUCAUGAGCGAGUGGAGGCGGCACGAGCAACAGGAGGAAACAGAUACCAAUCCAACAUCAGAAGGGAGCAAGGCAACACUGCAAGGAGUCGUGGAGAGUUUCUAUGACCGGCCCGUCAGUUCUCUCCUCGAAGAGGAUGAUGAGAAUGAGGCGGAAGAGAAAACUGAGAGCAGCAAUCCACCUCAAGGUCCACUAUAUGACUCUCAAGAAGAAACAGACAAAGAAGAGGUACAAAAGCUGGCAAAGAAAGAAAGGGAGCGGGAAUACUAG